AUGCCCUCGACUCAUCCGGAUGUUAUUGUCAUCUCAAGUAGCAGCAGCGACCAUACCACUUCCUCACCACUCCCCGAGCUAACCAUACCGAAAAUGAACACAAAGACGUCUCAGGCAGAGAUCGCAAUCGACGACGAGGAGAUGCCUCGAUCUUCGGCCGCAUCGCGUGUUUCUCUGGCCAACCUUCUAGGACCAAGCGGGCCAGGCUCUUCGCCGUAUGCCAAUUCUCCACGCACUUCGCCCCGCAAGCGAUCGAGCGCCGAUGCUUCCGGAUCAAAUCUACAGCUGCCGUCAGAGGCAGCAAACGCAAGCAACGGCACCGACCAUCGCGAGCCUCGACGAUCCAAUGCCUCUUCGCCACAACGAGCUUCAGCGACAGCGGCAGAGUCGGAACAGCAUUUCCAUGACGCAGAAGAGGAUGUUCAGGAAGACGUAGCUAUGGUAGAUGCCUCCGAAGAGAAUGACCAAAACCUGAACGGUCCUGGACACGCCGAUGGUGACGAUGAUGUCGACGACGAUGACGAAGAAGACGAUGAUGAUGAUGAUGACAAGGCUACCACAGAUGCAGGUAGCGCGUCGGAAGACGAGGGCGGCGACAAAGGCGAAGGCCCCUCGUCCAAAGAUGGAGCCAAGUCGGGCGACAAGGCAGCCGCACCCAAGAAGCGCUCUCGACGCCGAAGCCCGUCUCUUCCGGAAGCUGUGGCGCCAGCACCUAAAAGACCCACGGUUCGUAUAGACAUCCUCGAAGCCCGCCAGAGUGGCUAUCUCAUCAACGUUCCAGAGCUCGUGCUGGUCAAGCUCAAGGGAGAGGAUCAUCCAUGGGCGAAAUGGUACGAGGAGCAACUGCUUGUCCCGGCAGAGCCAGAACCUGUCGUCGCGCCGCCAGACGGUGCUGGAAUCCCCGGCGAUCUCGAGCCAGGACUUGCCAAGCUUCUUGCCAAAUAUCGUCCCGACGAGCCCUCUGGUGCGCCUUCGGGCGCUAGCGCGGCGAGUAAAAAGCGCCGACGACCCAUCGACGACAAGUACGAUAUCGGGCAGUACGACGUGCGCGACCCCUUCGUCGAUGACUCGGAGCUCAAUAUCGAUGAGCCUACCCACUUUGCCAAGCCCAAAGCAGACGGCUUCUACGUCACGCAGGGCACCGUCGAGCUCGCCAAGGCCAAAGCCAUGGCCAAAGGACAGCCCCUCCCGCCCUCAGAAAGGCCUAAACCGCUCAGCAUUCGCGAUUCCAAAUUCGGCUUCGCGGGAUCUCUCAACAGGCUUGUGGCCCGCAAGGCACAGCAGGGCGCGGCUUUGCCUCCGAUGCCACCGACGGGAUCACCGUCGAUGCAGCUCGGCUCGCUCCUCAACAGUGGCGAUCCUGGCAGUCCUUCUGUCGGCGCCGCCUCGGCACUCACCAACGCGUCCAGGCAGGAAGGCACUCGCGACUCGCCCAUCAAGGUCGAUGACAUUGACUCGGGCUCCUCCAAGAUGGCUAAAAAGAACAACCGUUACCCCACCCUGCCCGUCGAUCCUCGUCUUCAAGCUUCAUUCGACGAGCUCAAGGCUGAGGUGGAUGCGGAGAGCUUCGCCGUCAAGACCAAGUUCCCUCCUUCGCUCAAGCCACCCCUCGUCGAGACGGCCAAACUGGCCGUCAUGCUGGGCGAGUACGACGACAACUUUUUCAAUCACCUUCCGACGAUCUUCCCGUACAACCGCUUCACCAUGAUGAAGCUGGUCAAGCGCGAGUUCUUUCCACACCACAUGAAGUACUUUGAAGAUCUCAAGCAGGAUCACCUGGACAAGCUCGGCGAGAUGAUCCGCGACAGCUUCCCGCAGCAACUUGCUGAGUUUGAAGCGGCGCACAAGGCAUGGGUGGACCGCGGCGAGGCACCUAAGGACGGCGAGGCAGCGCAGGCCGACAAGCCGCCCAAGGAGAAGUCCGCUGCCGACGAGUCGAUGGAAGUCGACGGCGCCAAGGAGGUCGAAGACGAGAACAUCGAGCCGACCAAGCGAUGGAAAUGGAGCGAAGAGAUGCGCGAAGAGGUGUUCAUGCUCAUCACCAUCGAGAAUGCGAUGAGCGAGCUUCGUAACGAAAAGUACAAGCUUGAGGGUUCGGUCGAGCAGUACAGCGAGAUCAAUGCCCGCAAAGCUUGCUACAAGCAGAUGUUCGAACUGUUUCCCGAAGACGGAUGGACGACAUCGACCAACAUCUCGCGAGAGUACGCGCAGAUUAAGAAGAAGAAGGACCGACAGGAGGCACGUGGCGAGGACAUCUUUGCGGAUUCGCGAGCCAGCAGCGCCGUUCCAGCCUGA